AUGCCAGCCCCAUACGACACAGACACAACUGCUGACGAGCUGGUCAACGACUACAACCAUCUUAUUAAGGAUAAGGUUGUUCUGACGACCGGCGUCUCUUCCGGUUCCCUGGGCGGCUUCUUCGUCCAAUCUAUCGCCAAAGCUAAACCCGCCUGGCUCAUCCUGGCCGCCCGUAACACCGACAAACUCCAACAAGUCUCCAACGAUAUCACGGCCGCAUACCCAGAUGUCAAGGUCCGUACGGUCAAGGUUGAUCUGGGUUCGCUGAAAAGUGUGCGCGAUGCAGCUGCCCAGGUGAAUUCCUGGGAUGAUAUUCCAGCCGUCGACGUGAUGGUUAACAAUGCCGGUAUCAUGGGGGUUGGUUACCAGCUCUCGCCGGAGGGAUCUGAGUCCCACCUUGCAACCAACCAUCUAGGUCCGUUUUUGUUCACAAAUCUGAUUAUCAAGAAGAUUUUGGCUUCCAAGAGUCCUAGGGUCGUCAUGGUUAGCAGCGACGGUCAUCGUAUGAGCCCCUUCCGCUUCGAUGACUACAACUUUGAUGCAGGGAAGACUUACAACAAAUGGUUCGCCUAUGGCCAGAGCAAAACAGCCAAUAUAUUGUUCGCAAUAUCCUUGGCUGAGAAGCUCGGCCUGAAACACGGCCUUCUCGCAUUCAGCCUGCAUCCGGGCGUCAUCUGGACAAAUCUGGGCAGCCACCUGGAUUGGAGUGUGGAUCUGGAUGGAAUUCGGAACGCUGACAAGGCGUUGGGCAACCGGGAGGGCUGGAAAGAGUUAGAUACCAAGCCGUUGGAGCGAGGUGUUGCGACUCAUAUCUAUGCUGCGUUUGACCCGGCUCUUAAAGCUAACAAUGGCGCUUAUCUUAUUGACUCCCAUGUGGCGGACCCACUGUCUGAUACAGUGAAGCCCUCCGCCAUGGCCGCUCAGUCCAAACUACUACCGCCCGAACGCUCCAUCAAGCAGAUCCUCUCCAGUCUAACAGCCCUCUACCUGCGAAACCGAACCCGCAUCUCACGCGCCGUAUAUCUCGCCCUCUUUGCUGCACUCGCCAAACGAAUCCACAAUGCCAUCUCCGAGCAGAAAGCCGCGUCACAGCAGGUAGACCUGCGCCGACGGCCCGGCACCAGCAGUCUAGGCGACGAGGAACAACCCCGCAAGAAGCGCGUAGAGAUCAACCGGGAAUUCUUCAAGAACUUGCUCCGCUUAUUAAAGAUCGUCAUCCCCGGAUGGCGAAGCAAGGAGCUACGACUGCUGGUGAGCCACAGCGUCUUCCUGGUACUGCGGACGGUACUUAGUUUGUACGUCGCCGAACUCGACGGAAAACUUGUGAGCAACUUGGUGCGCGGUAGAGGGAAGGAUUUCUUGCUCGGUCUUUUUUGGUGGAUGAUUGUGGCUGUCCCUGCUACGUUCACUAAUUCUAUGCUCUCCUACCACCAGUGCAAGCUUGCUCUCAGCUACCGCAAGCGUCUCACGGACUAUAUCCAUGAGAAGUAUCUGUCUAAUAUGACUUUCUAUGCCAUCUCCGCCUUGGACGAUCGAAUAAAGAAUCCCGACCAACUCGUCACGGUCGAUGUGUCUCGCUUCUCGGACAGUCUCGCAGAACUAUAUUCCAAUUUAGCUAAGCCUAUUCUCGAUAUGGCCAUUUACAACUACUCGCUCUCCAAGAAUGUGGGAGGUGAAGGGUUGUUCAUCAUGAGUUUGCUAGUGCAGUUGUCCGCCAACGUCAUGCGUAUGCUGACUCCACCAUUUGGCAAAUAUGUUGCCGAUGAGGCCCGGCUGGAGGGCGAGUUCCGUUUCCUCCAUUCACGGCUUAUUGAUUACAGCGAAGAAAUCGCGCUUUACCACGGCCAUGAGGCCGAGAAAGAUACCCUAGACAAGGGGUAUUUCACGCUGAUCAAACAUGUAAACCGCAUUCUGCGCCGGCGGCUUUACCAUGGAUUCAUGGAGGACUUUGUGAUCAAGUAUUUCUGGGGAGCUAUGGGCUUGGUGCUUUGUAGUGUUCCUGUCUUCUUUAAGAUUCCCGGCCAGGCUACCCGUAGCAUGGGAGAUCACACUGAAAGCUUCGUCACAAAUCGUCGAAUGUUGCUUUCCUCGUCAGAUGCCUUUGGCCGAUUGAUGUUCUCCUACAAGGAGAUCUCGGAGUUGGCUGGCCACACUUCGCGUGUCUCCUCAUUGCUGGAAGUUAUGGACGAUCUCCUCGCUGGAAGGUUCGAGAAGAAGUUGGUGUCUUCCGCUUCGACGGAAGAGAAUGCGGAAGUGCUGUCUGGUCGGGGUAAAGUCAUAGAAAGCGACGCCAUUGAGUUCACCGACGUACCGAUCGUAUCCCCGAACGGCGACGUAUUGGUGCGUAAGCUGUCCUUCACCGUUAACCCUGGCGACCACCUUCUGAUCGUUGGACCCAACGGGUGCGGCAAAUCGUCUCUCUUCCGGAUCCUGGGCGGGCUCUGGCCGGUAUACGGAGGAACGGUGAAGAAACCUCCCUUCCAGGAUAUUUUCUACAUUCCCCAGCGACCAUAUCUGUCCCGUGGAACUCUACGGCAGCAAGUUAUCUAUCCAGAUGGGGUGCGCGAGAUGCGCGCCAAGGGUAUCACUGACGCCGAUCUCUACGAGGUCCUAUCCGUGGUUGAGAUCGAGUCUGUCGUAGACCGUCCUGGAGGCUGGGAUGCAGAGGAAGAAUGGCGCGACGUUCUAUCCGGUGGUCUGCAGCAGCGUAUUGCUAUGGCUCGGUUAUUCUAUCACCGACCCAAGUUUGCCAUUUUGGAUGAGUGCACAUCUUCGGUGACGCUGGAAAUUGAGAAGGUCAUGUACGAGACUGCCAAGAAGCUUGGCACCACACUCAUGACUGUCUCGCACCGACGCAGUCUCUGGAAGUAUCACCAGAAGAUCUUGCAAUUUGAUGGACAGGGUGGAUAUAUUUUCACCGGUCUAGACUGGGAGCGGCGCUUAAAACUCGAAGACGAGAAGGAGGAGUUGGACUUGCAGUUACGCGCUGUACCGGAAUUGCAACGUCGGGUUGCCGAGUUAACGGCUUAG